CAGCGGAGCAUUUCAGGCCCGGAUCCCGAAAGCUCUGGCGCCAGUUUGGGCCAUUUCCCACGUUGUGCAUUUGUGCCUAUCAGAACACUUGGACGAUCACUGAAUCAUCAACUAUCAACCGCGGCCCAAAGCUUCAAAUCCAGGUAAGCGCCGUGUGAGCUGUCUUUCAAUUCAGCUUGGGAACCAUCACGCAGAGGAUCUAUCGACAGCUGGCUCCCGCCAUCCGAAGCAUGGAGAAGCAAUAAAGUAGCCGCGGCUCACAAGGCUGAAACACGAUAAUGUCUGCAGUCCGGAUUGUCUGUGUUGGCGAUGACAGCGUUGGCAAGAGUAGCCUCAUCACAUCGCUGGUCAAAGAUGUCUUCGUCACCAACAAGAUCCAGUCUGUCCUCCCUCAAAUCACUAUACCUCCCAGCAUUGGAACCCCCGAGAACGUCACCACUACGAUUGUCGAUACCUCUGCCCUUCCCCAAGAACGAAAUACUCUGCGAAAGGAGAUCCGGAAGUCGAAUGUUAUUUUGCUGGUAUACUCCGAUCACUACAGCUAUGAGCGGGUGGCAUUGUUCUGGAUGCCGUACUUUCGCUCCCUUGGAGUCAAUGUACCGGUUGUGUUAUGUGCCAACAAGUCUGAUCUGACAACGAAUGGGAGCACGGCGCAGGUUGUAGAAGAUGAGAUGCUCCCAGUGAUGGCAGAGUUCAAGGAGAUUGACUCCUGUAUACGGACGAGCGCAAGGGAACAUCACAACGUGAACGAAGUCUUCUUCCUAUGCCAGAAAGCUGUCACGCAUCCCAUUGCACCGCUAUUCGAUUCCAAGGAAGGGAACCUGAAGCCAGCAGCAGUAGCUGCUCUGAAGAGGAUAUUUUACCUUUGCGAUAAGGACCAAGAUGGAUACUUGAACGACCAGGAGAUGAAUGACUUCCAAGCCAAAUGUUUCGAGAAGCCAUUGUCGGCCGAGGAUCUAGAUAAUAUCAAACUAUCUAUCAGUAAAUCAUCACCGGGCUCUGAUGUUGAUAGAGGAAUUGAACAAAAGGGGUUUAUCCAGCUCAACAAGAUAUUUGCAGAGAAAGGGAGACAUGAGACCAUAUGGAUCAUAUUGCGGAAGUUCCAAUAUACGGACAGCCUGAGUUUGAAGGACAGCUUUUUGCAUCCAAAAUUUGAGAUUCCAGAGUAUUCCUCUGCAGAACUAAGCCCGGCUGGUUAUCGAUUUUUCGUGGAUCUGUUCUUACUAUUCGACAAGGACAACGAUGGCGGGUUGAACAAUUCGGAGCUCGAUGCUCUAUUUGCGCCAACUCCCGGUUUGCCCUCUUUUUGGCUGGAAACCUCGUUUCCAUCUUCCACUGUACGGAACGAAGCAGGUCAUAUCACUCUCCAAGGCUGGCUUGCCCAGUGGUCCAUGACAACAUUUGUUUCACCAAGCACCACGCUCUCCUACCUGGCAUAUCUUGGCUUCGAGCCAACAGGAGGUCCUCGCCUUUCCACAACGUCCGCCCUCAAAAUUACCAAAUCUCGCAAGCGAAGACGGCGAACAGGUCGGGUCGAGAGAAAUGUCGUCCUCUGCUACGUAGUCGGUGCCCCCUCAUCAGGCAAAUCGUCCCUCCUAGAUGCCUUCCUCAACAGACCCUUCGACUCCCUCUACCGACCCACCAUCAAGCCUCGCACAGCAGUCAAUAGUGUCGAGCUCCAAGGCGGCAAGCAAUGCUACUUGAUCCUCGAAGAGCUUGGAGAACUCGAGCCCGCCAUCCUAGAAAAUCAAGCUAAGCUCGACGCAUGUGACUUGAUCUGUUACACAUACGACUCAUCCGACCCCGACUCAUUCUCGCACAUUGUUUCUUUGAGAGCAAAAUAUCCGCAGCUGGAUGACCUACCGGCUAUCUACACAGCACUGAAAGCAGAUCAGGACAAGACAACCCAGCGCUCGGAGACUCAGCCGGAUGAGUAUACAUCGACGCUGAAUAUGAGUGCGCCGCUACAUGUGAGCGUUACGUGGAACAGUAUCAGUGAGCUUUUCAUUACGCUGGCGGAAGCGGCUACGAAUCCUAGUUCAGCGUUUCCGAAGAGCGAGGAGGAGGCUCCGGAUAGGACGGGUGUAUAUAUUGCGUUGGGGGCGACGGCUUGUGCCUUACUUGCCGCAGGGAUGAUUUGGAAGAGGACGACGAAUGCAAAUUGAGUUCCCAUGAUGUUUGAGAGCUUGAAGUGGCUAGGAUGAGACUACGCGGUGCGUUCAGUGUGGUUGAUAUGCUUAUUAUAAUUGUUAAUCAAUGAUACCCCUCCCUUCUCAUCACGAAUUUCUUCAAUGUCUUUUUGAUUCGUAGUUGGUACAGUGUUUUAGCAAAUUUUGGGCAACUUCACGGCUUUCAGUCACGGGGGGUUAAUCAGCAUAGACUUUCUUUUAAACACCAAUCCUGGCACGCAUUGUUAGACUGAUGAGAAUUCUCCAUUGUAGCCCUAGCCUGCUAGUCCUUCCAAGGGAAAUCUCAAUUCGCACAUGCUCGUAAUUUGUAUGGCAUGGUGAUCCGCAGAUCGAUUGGCUUGCAAUCUUCUCAAUCUCACUUUCCCAUAUCUUAGACGCAUGCCAGCUUCAGUGCCAGAUCCAAUGCCUCCUGUUGCACCGCAGAACGACACAAACGCAUUGGCAUCUAACAGUUUCAGCCAUUUACCGAAGGGUAAGACGCAUUCCUGUAAGCAUGAUAUCGGCCUUUUUUCCAUUUGAGAGGUUUCGCAGCCUGCUUAGCUUACCGGCUCUGUACUAUGACGAGUCUUUCCCUGCGUUCUCAGGAACAUGGUAGUUGGUC